UGCCACUACGAGGCAGAGGCGUCAAUAAUAUGCAGACAGAGGAACAAUUCCCUUCCCUCCUGGAUUACUGACAAACACCAGCCUCUUUCAUAUCAUGAGAUUACUAACACACCAGCACCGGGAGUUUCACCACAUAUCAUCUUUAAGAAACGGAGAUAAAAUCAAUCUCAACGUGUAGUUUGUGUUUCGAAAGGGCAAUUCAGACCCUAUGUUAGCCGUGUUCGAUGGAGUUUUCUGCCGGAUUAAAGUGACACUGAAAUAAAACUACAACACAGAAACGACUGAAUUGCGGUGAAAGGACGGUAUCCGGCCUCCGAAGAAACAACGAGGCCAGGGGAUCUGAACAAUUAUCUACAUUCUAUUUCUGUCUAGAUGGGGAUUUUAAGGGAAUGGAAAAUACCCUGUGAAAAUGGGCUUCUUGUUGAAACACAAGAAGGUUUCGUCAUCUUAAGGCAUCUGUGAGAGGAGUGCUUAAUGGAAAAGAUGAAGAAGUUCAAAAGACGGCUUUCGCUCACCCUGCGCGGGAGCCAGACCAUCGACGAGUCACUGUCUGAGCUGGCUGAGCAAAUGACUGUGGAAGAGAACAGCAGCAAAGACAACGAGCCGAUUGUGAGGAACGGCAGGCCCCCCACAUCACAGAGCAUGCACUCCUUUCUCCACCAGUACACCAGCUCCUUCAAGAAACCCCCCCUGAGGAGGCCACACAGUGUGAUCGGUGGAAGCCUUGGCUCCUUCAUGCCCAUGACUAGGAAUGGAAGCAGACUAGACAUUGUGCAUGAGAAUCUGAAGAUCGGCUCCGAUGGAGAAAGUGACCAGGCGUCUGGAACAUCGUCGGACGAGGUCCAGUCUCCUACGGGAGUGUGUCUAAGGAAUCGAGUGCAAAGGAGGAUCUCCAUGGAGGACCUCAACAAGCGUCUGUCGCUGCCUGCAGACAUUAGGAUACCAGACGGGUAUCUGGAGAAGCUGCAGCUGAACAGCCCACAAUUCGACCAGCCAAUGAGCAGGCGGUCUCGCAGAGCAUCACUGUCUGAAAUUGGAUUUGGAAAGCUCGAGACCUACAUCAAGUUGGACAAACUGGGAGAGGGAACAUAUGCAACUGUUUUUAAGGGUAGGAGUAAACUGACAGACAACCUGGUAGCCCUUAAGGAGAUCAGACUGGAACAUGAAGAGGGAGCGCCCUGCACAGCUAUCCGAGAAGUAUCGUUGCUUAAAGAUCUGAAGCAUGCGAACAUCGUCACCUUACAUGAUAUCAUUCACACGGACAAAUCCUUGACACUAGUCUUUGAAUACUUGGACAAGGAUCUGAAGCAGUACAUGGAUGACUGUGGAAACAUUAUGAGUAUGCACAAUGUGAAGAUCUUUUUAUUUCAAAUUUUACGAGGUUUGGCCUACUGUCAUAGGCGGAAAGUUUUACAUCGAGACCUGAAGCCACAGAACUUGCUCAUUAAUGAGAGAGGGGAACUAAAAUUAGCUGAUUUCGGAUUAGCAAGAGCCAAGUCAGUCCCUACAAAGACCUACUCCAAUGAGGUUGUCACGUUAUGGUACAGACCCCCUGAUGUUCUCUUGGGAUCUUCAGAGUAUUCCACCCAGAUUGACAUGUGGGGAGUGGGCUGUAUAUUUUACGAAAUGGCUGCCGGAAGGCCUCUGUUCCCUGGUUCAACAGUAGAAGAUGAAUUGCACUUAAUUUUUAGGCUCUUGGGCACUCCAUCGGAAGACAACUGGCCAGGGAUAUCGUCCAUUGAAGAAUUUAAAUCAUACAACUUUCCCAAAUAUAAACCACAGCCUUUGAUUAACCAUGCACCCAGACUGGAUUCUGAAGGAACUGAACUGGUCUUGAUGUUUUUGAAAUAUGAAUCUAAGAAGCGAAUCUCUGCAGAUGAGUCAAUGAAACAAGCCUACUUCAAAAGCCUUGGAACACGAGUACACACUUUGCCUGAGAGUGUGUCAGUAUUUACUCUGAAGGAAAUCCAGCUACAGAAGGACCCAGGCUUUCGAAGUUCAUCGUACCCAGAAACAGGACCUGGCAAAAACAGAAGACAGAGUAUGCUCUUUUAGACUAUUUGAUAACACAGUUUAGGAUACAUGACCUUCUUCUGUUUAUCUAAACCAACCAAGCAACCGUCCAGUCAAGGACUUAUUUGAAGGCAUCUCCUUGUGAUCAGUAGAGUGGACUUCAUUGCAAGACUUCUCUGCGUCAACACUGCCCUAUUUACAAAGGCGUCUUAUUUCCUGUUAGGCAUGUGAACUGUGUUUUAUACUCACCUGUCACAGUGUGACACAUUUAUUUUGUACAGAUGGUUUUAAGGUUCUCCUCUGCUGUUGGAGCCAGUAGGUUACAGCAGCUGAUGUAACUGUAGCUGCCGCAGUUAUUGAGCAGGACUAAAACAGUGUGUUAUUUAUUGUGGAAACAUUUGCUGCUAAACCACUACUGUCUAUAUUUAACACGUUGGAAUAGCUGAAGAAGUUGCAGUGGCUUUUAUCAUGUGACUGGUUCGUCUGUUCUUUGCGAGCUGUGUUGAAUCGUUGAAAUUUUGUACUUUUUUUUUUUUUUUCUUAAAUUCUAGUGUCAGCUUUGCUUGGCUACAGAAAGUGAAUUCAUAGACUAUACCUACAAAACUUUCUUCUGUACUUGGCACAUGCAUGUGUAUGAACCCUAAUUUUUUCUUCAGUUUUCCUCAUACAUGCAGUUUUCAUUUUAAUGGAUGUAUUCUAAAUGGAAACAGUGCUCUAUAUUCAGGAAGUUUUGGUCUUCUGAUAGGAUACAUGACCUUCAAGUAUGUGUAUUUAUUUAAGUAUUUAGGGAGAUUUAGAAAAAAUAUAUUUUCACAAAAAAACUAACAUUACAGUAGGUAAUAAAUACCUAGAUUUUAUUGUAGGGAAACCCCUAUGAAACAAUUAAAUAAGUAAAACAAUAUUCCAUUAUUUUUGCGCCUUUCCUAAACUGAUGAAGCACACAGUUUAAGAAUACACUGGAGCAAGGUAUUAACAAUGGGCAUCAAGAUUAAGUAUGACAAGAUGUGAUCAGCUUAUUUAAUUAACUUCUAAAUGAGAAUAAGAUGUACCUUUCUGAACUGUUACAUGUCAUUUUUGGUUCAUUUUGUAAUAAUUUCCCUACCUUGCUAAUGCAGCUCAGUGAGUAUCUUAAGUAGGUCUUGGCAGCAGUAAUUGUAUGCAUUUGUUUGCCUUUAAGAAUUUAAUUGUUUAGUGCAUUUGAAAUGCUUGGCCACUUAUGGGGAUAAACACCCUGUUUGAGUUCAUUUCUAGCAUUCACUGUAAACAUGUUCAGGUGUCCUACCAUUUCUGCUUAUGAAUAUAAAAUCAUGUAGUUAUUUAACAGUAUUAAGAGAAUUUUUGUAUGUUACAUUUUAACUUUUUGUGAAUUGUGCUCGUGGCAUGUUGGGGUAAAUGUGUUCAAUUAGUGUCUUGUGUUUUUUUUUUGUUUUUUUUUUGUUUUUGUUUUUGCCAAAAACAAAGGUUUAAAUUGGAAUUUUGCUAAAAACUGUUUAUUGUAUAAUGAUAUCCAUUGGACCACUACUCUUUUUCAGCAUUUGUACAUAAAGAAGAAAAAAGAUUUCAAAUUGAAAUUGUAGGCCUAACAAACUGCUGUGGUGUCUUCGACAGUAAUGUAUUAAUAUUGUACUUUUUUCAAGUAUAAAAAUGACAUGAUCUUA